AUGUCUUCAAUGCAUUUCGUUGUUCAUCCCUUACCUGGGACAGAGGAUCAACUAAUAGAUCGUUUGCGAGAAGUUACUGAGAGAUGGAAUAGAUUUGGUACUAGGGGCGGAUCACCCGCACUUAGUUCCUUAAGAGGAGUGCGCUCCGUUGCUGCUGGACCAGCUCAUAUUGCCUGUCUUCUUGAAGAUGGGACAAUAUGCAGAGCUGCAUUUUCAAUCAUACCUGACAGAUUGGAUUUGAGUAAAGCAGACGCAAGCAAAAAUAAUGGAAAUGGUGGUGGUGGAAGUGGUGGAGGUGGGAAUAGUGGAGGGAAACAGGGCGGAAGCAGCAGUAGCUGUGGUUCCAGACAACAACCUCGCACUAGAGCAAGAAUUAUGAGGAACUCUAUUAGAGCUGCACCAAGCUCUCAAGGGUCUACAAGUCGUGCAACCGGGGUUAUUAUAGGCGCAUCGGGAUCUAGCCGUGUUGUGUCAGCAGUGCCUGCCCCCUUUGUUCCCGAAGACCUUGUAACACAAGCUCAAGUGGUGCUUCAAGGAAAGAGUAGAAGCCUCAUAAUUCGUGAAUUACAGAGAACAAAUCUGGACGUGAAUCUGGCAGUGAACAACCUGCUCUCCCGUGACGACGAAGAAGGUGAAGAGCCGGAGAACGGUGAGGGCGGCGAUGGCUACGUGCCCGAGGACCUGAUCUCCCUCCUCGAUGGAGGGUUCCACGCCAGUCAGCAGGACCAGUCGGUGAUCAUCGAUGCUGAUGCGAUGUUCUCUGAGGACAUCUUCGGGUACGCGGCUAUCAGAAGCCGCAGUGGGGGCGGCAGCGCUGGAAGGGCUGGAGCUUCCCGGGAAGGAAGUUCUGCCCAGGAUAGAACCUCGGAGUUCAGCCGCUGGAGGGAGAGGCAGUACUUUGGACCUCGGCGUUGGCUUGAGACCGCGUUACGGGAUAAUUCCUGGGAUAAGGAAGGAGUUGAAAGUAAGAAGAAAGAUUCAGCAAUGGCAGCGUCUCCUCUUUGGGUAUCCGAAGAUUUGGAGUACUGGGACACUAACAUUCGUUUCACCCAUAUUGCGGCCACCUAUAGUGAAUUGAUUGCUGUCUCUACAUAUGGACAGAUACACCAAUGGCGCUGGGCGGAUCCACAUCCAUACCAGAGGACUGAUGCACUGGGCAAUGGGUCGUACCACCCUCGCAGCAACUGGCUUGGUUUAGCUCCAGGCGAAAGAGUCAUCAACAUUAAUGCGGCCGGCAUUAGGAUCUCGAUUUUGACAGACGCUGCACGUAUUGCUACGUUUUUGGACGAGUCUAUUGCUCACGCACCCGGCGCUACACGCUUAGAACAUCCACUACAAGCGUUCACCGAGUUUGGCUCAGACAAGCCGAUUUCGCUUCACGUAUGCUCCUUAUAUACAGUGGCGAAACUGGAUUCAGGAGCCCUCUAUUGGUGGGGCGUGUUACCUUUGGGUCAACGGGCUCGCCUAUGGGAGAAGCACCGCGCACGUUCCCGUAAACAGCAGCGAGGACAUUCCUCAUCAGCGCCGCAGGACUUGCAGGCCGGCCAAAGUGUUACUAUGAAGAAUGCUCCCAUGUAUCAACCGGGGGCUAUUGGAUUCAACAUGUCAACCGGAGUUCCAAAAGUUGGUAUUCUCCAAAAUGCGGCCUGGAAUUUGUCUGAUACGUGUCGGUUCAAACUUCUGCCGGCGCCUCAACCAGAUCGAUCCAUUUCUGAAAAGGAUAAGAGGGAUAUGCAGAAUCAGUCUCCAUUAACGGUAUCGUCUGUGAAGGCGUCGUCGUCGAGCAGCUCAAACAAAGACCCAGCGAAGGACAGCAACAAAGACAUGGCAGAUCGCUUGGACAUGCCUCCACCGCCAAGUCCUGCUUCAUCGACCUGCAGUGAUACUAGUACAUCCCACAAGCGUGCAAAGCGCGUGACGGUCCGCGGCGAGGAAGGUUCGUCCAACGAUGGAACGAAACGCGACGAAGAGGAAUGGCCCCUCAAAGAAGUGGUGUUCCUUGAAGAUGUGAAAAGCGUUCCACUCGGACGGGUUUUAAAAGUCGACGGCGCAUACGCGGCUGUCAGAUUCCCAUCCGUUGGCAAAGAUGGAAAGGAAAUUGUUCCAACGCCCGAUGAUUGGACGACGCUGCUGCAGGACUGUCGUUUAGUGAGGAAAGAUGACUUGGUUGCUGUGAAGUGGGGAACUGGAGGAGCUGCCGGUCCACGUGGCCCGGAUUGUCUUCAGCGUAUGCCGAGAAAGAUCUCGUUACCUCCCGAAUUGCAAGUUAUUACUAUUGCGGUGGACAAUCGUGGCGUACACGCCGUUGUACGUAGACCGGGCGGUGCGUUAGCGUACGCGGUGUACGCUGUGGGAACAACGCGAGCCCUCACGGACAGCGUAUUCCCGACGGACCACACAGCUCUAUUGGGACACUCAAAUGGACAUUCUAUACAACUCACGACCGCUGCGGAAGGCAGCGAACCAGUAGUAAUGAUGCUAGAUGGCAACAACGCCCUUUACCCCAUAGCACGUGACUGUGUGGGAAUGGUUCGCGAACCGCCGCCAUUGAACCUCGCGCCCGCUCGAGCGAUCACUGCGCACGCGUUGCCUCUGCACCCACACGGCGCAGCUCAUUCCUCUCAUGCGCCGCUUAAGUCCCAGGUUGCACUAAUAAUAAUAGUCCCCGAGCCUCAACUGAUGAUGCCGCGAGUGCUGCGUUGUGAUCUUGAUGGACUUCGGCAGUUGUUGCAUCAACUCGAAACUGAUAAUAACAAGCAACAAAUAAUAUCAAUUCUUCAAGAGCGUUGUGAUGGCAAUAGAAAUAUUUUACACGUGUGCGUACAUAUGUGUUCGCCAACGUCGAACAAGGAGCCUGAUAUCGUAGAUAAUCCAUCAGCGCCUACAGUUCCGAACCCCUCAAGCGCCACCAACAAUGAAGAAGCUGUACCAGCUUUGUCCUGGCCUCCGGAGACCUUUGAAGCUUCGGGGGAUGAAGAUAGCUUGAUGGGAAUCUCCAAUAACAAAAUGUCGAACAGCGGUAACGGGGCUGUGAGCGCGGAUCCAGUUGAGAGGCGUGGCAAUGCGCUCUCCGCCUUGAGGGCCCUUUGCGAGAGUACUGCCUUGCAACCAUAUCUGUUGCAACUUCUAACUGCCAAGGAUGGCAUGGGUCAAACACCUCUAAUGGCUGCCGUAGCCGAACGAGCGUAUCGGGCGGCCUUAGCCAUAUUGGACGCAAUACGUACGUGUGACGCGGACGAAACUCAACGGUCGGCGGCCAUUUUCCCACCCAACGCCCAUCCAGAUCAUUCGCCGUUGUUGGUACUCUGCUGCAAUGAUACAUGCAGCUUCACGUGGACCGGACAGGAUCACAUUAAUCAGGUGUGCCACAAGGGACAUGAUUGUAAACUGAAGCGAACGUCUCCGACUGCGUACUGCGAUUGUUGGGAGAAGUGCCGCUGCAAGGCGUUGGUGGGCGGGAGUUGGACCGCGCGUUGCGAUCUCCUGGCCAGGCUCGCUAGGGAGACACAAUUGGCUACACACUUCAAUUCUAGAGGUGAAUCGAUCCUUCUGUUCCUGGUACAAACGGUGGGUCGUCAAGCCGUGGAACAGCGUCAGUUCCGUGCUGGAAGUGGUCGUGCCCGUGCGCCACGGAAACAGCCGGGCUCUGAUGCUGAGCUGGAUGUGCCGGACCACGACUUGGAGCCACCGAGAUUCGCUAGAAGGGCGCUGGUACAUUUGUUGGGCGAUUGGGCUGCGGUAGAAGCGGCCGUGAUGUGCGGCUCGAGCACAAACGAAGAAGCUUCGGCUUCUCACCAGCAGUCUGGUACUACGCUAUUGGACAAGUUCACCCAUGCGCUUAUAGUCAAGUGCACAAAUGAGAUGUUGGAUACGCUCCUACACACAUUGAUAAGAGAACAGAAGAAUGACACGAUACCGGGACGUGCGGAACGCGCUCGUGAAGUGACGCGACGGUUCGUGCGUUCGGUCGCGAGGAUAUUUGUCAUAUUCAGCGUGGAAAUGGCUCCAGGAGCUUCGAAGAAAAAGGGGCCAGUUUCAAUAACCUCGUCUCUGGUGCGUUGCCGGCGCGUUUUCGCCGCUCUAGUAGCGUUAGCCGUCGAGGAGCUCGUUGAAGCGGCCGACGCUCUAUUGGCUCCAGUGCGACUUGGGGUCGUCCGUCCCACCGCCCCGUUCCCAUUGGCCACUACGUAUGUGGAUUUGGUCAACGGAAGCGAAGAUCUGUUUGGUGUGGAGCCACUGUCGACUGGACAUCCGCGGUCGUCGCGAAGAGAAUCAGCAACCAACAGCAAUCGUGCAACAGCAACAGGCGGUACGUCGAUCGGCAGUUCGACCCUCGUGCGCUCGUCUACGCCCGUAGCGACGGAAUACGCGGAUGAUGUGGCAGGUGAAGCGUUAGGGGGAGAUGAUGAUGCUUCGGAAACUGAUGAACCAACGGCACCAACUCAGCAGCAGGAUGUACAGCAUGACGAUCCUAUGGGCGACAGGUAA